AUGGCUCCAGUUCUUAAGCACUUGUUCUUCCGGCGUGACUUCGACCCGGGGGCUGUAAGCGCUGCUUUCGCGGAAGAAUGGUCAAGCCCAUCUAAUUAUGCCUUUACUAUCCUUCUCUUGAUCGGAGGUGAUUUAGUCCAUCGCGCUCUCGCCCAGUUGGCUGGGGGUUGGGUUACCCCAGUCGCGUUCUCAUUCGGUUGGGUUUCUUAUGCGACAUCCUCGAUCUGUUCGUCGCUCGGCGAGUACAGACUGAUGCCCGACGCCGACACUCCCUGCAGCGUGAUCAACGGCAAGAAUGGGUAUGUCCGAGGAAACAACUCCUGGGUCCUUGGGCGAAUGAUGCGAGACUACGAGUACUGGAUGGGGAGAGCAGUUCAAGAGAAAACAGAGUCUCUGAUCCAGGCUCGCUGGAAAUUCGACCAACAGCGUGAGGAGAGAGAAGCCCCCGGAUCGGGCUCCCAAGUGCCUCGUCCUUCCCAGGCCGGGUUAGUGGUCAGUUUCUGGCAGCCAAGCACCAAGAUACCGCACGGCGAGCCCGGCCACGAUCUGCUCCAUUGGUCGGGUCUCAUCGUCACGGUGCUCCAGCUGGGAAUCGCCGCUAUCCCAUUGGGCCUUAGCGGCGACUGGGGCAUCCUGAUGAUCACCGCGGCGGCCAUCAUUCUGUGCUACACUACCGGGGCGCUGACGCAGUGGAAGGUCGAGAAAUGGGCCUGUCGCCGCCUGAACAUGCGGGAGAAGAAGAACUUUAUCCUGACGCGUGGGAACGGGUCCCAGCAUGCAAUCGCCAUCAUCAGCGGCGGCCACGGGCUGGACCUUGAGGACCUGGCAACAGGGUUUGCGAAGAUUGACAGCCCAACGAUCACCGUCUUCGCGCAGCUCGCCACUAUUGGCCUAGGGAUCAUGUGGGUUGCGCUCCUGAUUACGGCAUCCGCUCUACAGGAGAAUUCAUGGUACUUGAUUGCCGUUGGGGGUAUAGGAAUGCUGCAGAAUAUCUUCGUCGCAGGCUGGAAGCGGACACCCAGUGCAUACGGCGUCCCGCUGGAGUUUAUCGAUGUCGUGGGCGAAGUCAAAGUCAUGCAGACUCUGAUGGAAGUGGAAAGGAGAUAUGAGAAGCUGGGGAAGAGCCUACUAGGCACAUUCUUCCCAGGCGACCUACGGGAAAAUGAAGUGAAAGAGUGGGAGGCCAUCGCACAGGAGUGGAGGGAGAAGAAGUCCGCGACUGUCAAGACUGAUCGCUGA